CUGAUGUCCGUCCAUAAACGAGCAUGAAUGGCCAUCAGUCGCACUAGAUGCGCCAGAAUCCUCAAAUAAUUACCGCUGGUGUAGAAACGGAACCGCUAGAGGCCCCGCCCACUCGCUCGCUCGUGCAACCGGAGACUUCACGGAGGGCUCCUCCGCUGUCAGACUCUACUGCUCAACGUCUGCCAGACUCGGAUAAGAGUGGACGGAGGGACUUGGGGCCGGAGAAGGGAUUCGCGAGCUGAUUUUUGUGGAGACCCUCGCCAGUGGAUUGUGAUCAUUCUGUAAGGCUGAAUUAAGGCUGGACAGUGGUGAUGUCACUGCAAAUGAGUGAGGCAGAGGGUGCUGUGAAGGUGGAGGAGUGGCAGCAGACGUUUUACGCCCCAGACUCGGGCAUUCAGUCGGGAGCCACCACCAUUCGAGAUGAGGACAGCGUCAGUGCCAGCGCUGGCGAGAACGCCACAGAUAUGGAGGCUCAGUACAGUCUAACCCGAGCUCAGCGAGUACGUGCGGCCAUGUUCCCCGAGACGCUGGUGGAGGGAGAGACAGCGCUCACCGUGCACAGCAAUCCAGACCAGCCCACCAAUGUGCAGAGACUGGCCGAGCCCUCGCAGCUCCUCAAAACAGCCAUCGUCCAUCUCAUCAACUAUCAGGAUGAUGCUGAGCUGGCCACUCGCGCCGUUCCAGAGCUCACCAAACUGCUGGCCGAUGAGGACCAGGUGGUGGUAAACAAGGCAGCACUGAUUGUGAACCAGCUUACGCGGAAGGAGGCGUCUCGCCGUGUGCUCAUGCAGUCUCCUCAGAUGGUGUCGGCUGUGGUGAGGGCCAUGCAGAACACCGGAGACCUGGAGACGGCACGCUGCGCUGCCAGCGUCCUGCACAGCCUCUCCCACCAGCGCGAGGGACUGCUAGCCAUCUUCAAAUCAGGCGGCAUCCCUGCACUAGUGCGCAUGCUCAGUUCCCCUAUGGAGUCAGUGCUGUUCUACGCCAUCACCACGUUACACAACCUGUUACUGCACCAGGAGGGAGCCAAGAUGGCGGUGCGUCUGGCCGAUGGACUGCAAAGGAUGGUCCCUCUUCUGAAAAAAACCAACCCCAAGUUCCUGGCCAUCACCACAGACUGCCUGCAGCUGCUGUCUUACGGCAAUCAGGAGAGCAAGUUGAUCAUCCUGGCAAAUGGUGGGCCAGAAAGUUUGGUGUUUAUUAUGAGAAACCACAACUAUGAGAAGCUCCUGUGGACCACCAGCAGGGUCCUGAAGGUGCUUUCUGUCUGUCCAAGCAACAAGCCGGCUAUUGUUGACGCUGGAGGUAUGCAGGCUCUCGGCCAACAUCUCACAGGUUCGAGUCAGCGUCUGACACAGAACUGCCUGUGGACCCUGAGGAACCUCUCUGACGCUGCAACCAAGCAGGAAGGUCUGGACGGUCUCUUGCAGAUCUUAGUGAGUCAGCUGGGCUCAGAUGAUGUGAACAUGCUGACCUGUGCUACUGGCAUCCUGUCAAAUCUCACCUGCAACAACGCACGCAACAAGGCCCUGGUCACCCAGAGCGGCGGGGUGGAGGCGCUCAUUCACGCCGUGCUGCGGGCCGGAGAGAAGGAGGACGUGGCCGAGCCGGCCGUCUGUGCCCUGCGUCACCUCACGAGCCGCCACCCCGAUGCAGAGCUGGCCCAGAAUGCAGUGCGUCUGCACUACGGCAUCCCCGCCAUCACCAAGCUCUUGGGCCAGCCGCACUAUUGGCCUGUGGUAAAGGCCACAGUGGGUUUGAUUCGUAACUUGGCCCUGUGUCCAGCCAAUCAGGCGCCUCUGAGAGAAUCUGGGACAAUCCCUCGAUUGGUCAACCUGCUGUUGAAAGCUCAUCAGGAAACUCAAAGACACGGCUCAGGAGCCCAGCAGACCUAUCAGGAUGGCGUGCGAAUGGAAGAGAUUGUGGAAGGCUGUACAGGCGCUUUACAUAUACUGGCCAGAGAUCCCAUCAACCGAGGGGAGAUCGCCAGCAUGCAGACCAUUCCUCUGUUUGUGCAACUUCUGUACUCCUACGUGGAGAACAUAAAGCGUGUGUCUGCCGGUGUUUUGUGUGAACUGGCUCUGGAUAAGCAGUGUGCCGAGAUGAUCGAUGCAGAAGGAGCAUCUGCACCUCUAAUGGAGCUCCUGCACUCUCCCAAUGAGGGGAUUGCCACGUAUGCUGCGGCCGUUCUCUUCCGCAUCUCUGAGGACAAGAGUUCAGACUACAGGAAGCGUGUGUCAGUGGAGCUCACUCAUUCCCUCUUCAAACAUGACCCCGCGGCCUGGGAAAUGGCACACGCCGCCAUGCCACUCGACCCUGGAUAUAUACCAGAUGGUGAGUUGAGAGCCCAGCACAUUCACUCACUAUCCUUCUGCUUUAGUACGCAACACCACCACAAAUUGCCUAUUUAUCUGGCACAUCUCGCUGCAUUAGAGCGAAGAGCGUUCAAAUAAAAUGCCACAUGACAAAUGAGUUAUGGCGUGCAUAUGCGUGUGAGAGAGGGGUCAAAGACGAAAAGAUAAAGAGAGACAGUCGUUGAAUUCGCAUUUAUCAAGCGCAGGAGCAGUUUGAUUGUGUUGUUGUCAGUCCGUCCCACGAACUGAAAGAAUGCUGUGUUCCUCAGAGAGGGAACAUUAAGUAUGCAAUGUGCUGUUCACUCGUUCGUCGAAUUUGGAAAUAAAAAACAACCCACUGACACCAGAUCACCCUGUUUGUUCCUGUUAUAUGAAUAUUUCAGUUCAGCCAUAAAAUAUCUGAAGAACACCCCACAGUUUGUAAAAGAAAAAAGAAAAAAAAGACUAGCAAUGAAAGUCUACAAUAAAUACAUCCAUAGGGAAAACUAAUUCAGAAUGAGAAUGAUUCUGUUCAAUUAAGUAUUGUUUUAUGAUGGUUAAUGUACAGACUGUUUCAUGGAAUGAUUAUAUAAUAAAUUAUUGUACAUGUUAAAUUAAAUAAUAAAAAACAGCAACAGUUCAUCACCUUAAGUCUGACUUUGCAACAUUUUUCACUUCACAAUUGUUCCCUGCAGAUCUUUGACUGUCUACAAAAAUCUACAGAAAAUAAUAAAGCUGUAAUAUUUUGUCUUGCACAAAACAAACAUCACUUUUUAUGUAUGGUUACAAAUAUGGUGUGUGAAGUAUGAGGAUGAGCGUGUUUUUUUACCUGAUUCUUCAGGCAUUUCUGCUCUGGUCUCAUGGGUGUGUGUGUGUCUGUGUGUGUGUGUGUGUGUGUGU